GCUCCUGACCUUUACACCGGAAGUACUUGCUGUAAACACUGUACGUUUGGAGGUGAGACUGUUGGAUCCUAUGAGACAGAAAGAUGUCAAAAAAUACGAGAAUAGCGUUAGUAUUUGGAGGAUUUGUGACGGCUAUUGCCGCUGCGUUUUACCCCAUAUUUGUCUACCCGCUCACACAUAAAAACGAGUACAGAGAAGUCCAGAAGAUGAACCGGACAGGAAUCCAGCAGGCAGAUAUUCAACCUGUGGGUGUGAAAGUAUGGUCUGAUCCGUUCAAGCCUUCAGGCAAAUGAAGAACCAGCCAGCCCUUCACCAAUUCCAGACACUGAUGCUGUUGAAGACUUUAAACAGAGAAUGCCUUUUUAUGAGUGACUGGUGUGUGUGUGUGUGUGUGUGUGUGUGUGUGUGAAUGCUUUGCAGAAUGCGUGUUUUGUUUGGUUGUUAAAUGGUAUAAAUAAAAUAUAAAGCUCUUAUAACUUAAA